GGAUAAUGAGUUUGAGUGGGAUCCUCGGAAGUUGGAAGAAAAUGUUAAGGCUCAACUUUCAUUGGUCACCAUUUAAAUUGGGGUCACUGACACAGAAGAGGAGACCCCUGGAGAGAACAGGGGAAAACUAAGGGGAAAAGGGGAAACUCAUCAAGUAGCCUAAGAAGGGGAAAGUUGUCCCUUCAGCAUGAGUGACCAAUGAGUGUCGACCUUUAAAAAUGAGGAUUGGCUCACGCUCUGGGCAGAAUGUCGCGAUGUAAUAGUGGAAGACUUUGUUAAGACUAGAAGAAAUCCAUCACCCAUUGUCAGCAUCUUUGUCUGGGGGGUGCCGCGCUUGUGGCUUCGUCCAAUUUUUCAAUGAGCGAAAACUGGGACCAAGAUGAAGAUGAGACCCAUGAUGAAUUUCCUUAUUUCCGUUUCCCCGAUGAGUUGUCCCAAAAUGCAUUUCGAUUUCCUCUAAAUUCUAACUUUGACUUGAGAUAUUAUGUGCGCCUGAGCCAUCCUGAGAAGAGAAUCUACCUGGAUCUAGGUGGCGUGAAUAGCUUACUUCACAUUUUGCACCAGAGGGGGACAUAUCCUCGUAUUCUGCAAGCGAUUUUGGAGGCGAGCGCACCACUCCCAGACGGAGCCGUCAAUUUCAGUAAUGCAGAAGCCCACGUGAGAGAAGAUGUUAAGCAGGCAGCAAAAACAAUGUUUUUAAGGCAACCGCUGAAGCAUCCUCAGAACCAUGCUUCCUUGGUUCCUUUUUCAAGGGGAGGCAGAAGUGUCCAAGGAUAUGACUCUCAGGGAGGACGCGAACGCGGUAGAUCUAAUGAUUGAAGUGUUUGUUGCAAGCCGUAACUGGAAGCGUCUUUGCAAGCUGCUCUCUCGACAGGAUCGUCACACACGACUUGGAAUAACAGACGCUUUUUUGGCUGGAUACGGACACCCGUCAAUAAGUGGGGUAUCGAUACUCCGUACUACAAGUGAGGAGGAGGAUAUUAGUCGUCCUCUCGAAGAACAAGGCACCCUUCGCCUUCGUCGUCCUUUCUUAUUAGAUUUCGUAGAUUCAACACUCAGCAGAGGACGGCGUCCUAAGGCUAGCGUCGAUCUCUGCGAACUCAUUUUUCGCGACUUUCCGUCUGUGACAAAGGAGAGGCGCGUUCUGCAGGACCCCACUUUGAUGGAAGGCCUCGCUUUCGCAGUGGUUGAGAGUGUGGAGGAAGAAGAGGCGUGUAACCGGUGGACGCAAAUGUUGCAAACAACGCUGUCGAACGGCAAGCGGGCAGGCGUCAGCUACGUAGUGGACAGAAAGAACGAGGGCUUCGAUCAGGAACUGAAAAAGAUCGCAGUGGAUCAGGAGAUGAAAAUGGUCGGCGCCUGUCUCCUGGAUCGGAUUGCUGCUGGAAGAGGAGACGUCGGAGAUCAUUGGCACGACAGCGAGAACACCCGCAAUGACAAUCCAGAACAGCAAGUCCCCUGUUCGUACUGGUUACGAGUGUUAGAAGCUGUUGGGAAUAAGCGACGGAACUUAAGUUUAGCUGGAGUAGAUGUUCUCGGACAAGCUAGACGAGCAGCACAAGAACAAGAAAGUGCUGCGGCCGACGAGCUAUUUUUCGCUGGGUAUACAGAGG